AUGGAGGACGCGACACUAAACUCACCUCACGUCUCGAACUGCCUCGAAGUGGUGUCAUUUCCGAAUCGAAUCAAAGUGACCUCAAACUCACUUCGCUUUGACGGCAACACUAGGCGCAAAUGCUUGCUCGUCAUUAUCAAGUUGGGCAAACAUUGGCAAACAAUCUAUGUCGAAACCAAUAACAGUCACGUGCCAUCACACAUUUCUCGACUGGCCCUGUCAGAACCAUGCUCUUUCUUGAUUAAUCCCACCCACUCAUAUGGCUGGCACAGCACAGGCACGGUUUCUGAGGGAGUACCAGCUAACUGUUGCUGGGGGAAGAAGUUAGUCUACAUUCAAGCAGAAUACUAUCCGAAACAUUCACUCAGCUCCGUGCUAGGUGUCGGGAAGUCAGCUCUGACUAUUCAGUUUAAUCAAGGCUACUUUGCAGAAAAUGGGUACGACCCCACGAUUGAGGAAACUCCUAGUCAGGAAGAAUAUGGUGCUUUCCGGGAGUACUUUAUAAGAACCGGCGAGGGUUUCCUUCUCGUGUACUCCAUAACCUCUCGCAACUCUUUCGAGGAAAUCAGAACUUUCCAUAAACAAAUUCUUCGAGUGAAGGACCAAGAUUCAUUCCCUGUCAUCGUCAUUGCGAAUAAAUUUGAUCUGGAGUAUGAACGACAGGUCGGUGUGGAUGAGGGUCGUGAUCUAGCGAAGCACUUUGGGUGCAAAUUCAUUGAAACGUCAGCCAAGCAACGGAUUAAUGUCGACGAGGCUUUCCAUCAUCUUGUUCGGGACAUUCGCAAGUACAAAAAGGAGCUGCAAACAGGUCGUCCCGCCGUUGCUGGCAACGGCGGUGGUCCGACAGGAGGAUAUACAAAAGAAUGA